UGGGGGUAGAGGGAGAGAGGGAGAGUGAUUAGUUGGUUGAGGUCCCCCCCCCCCCCCCUCCGCCCCGCGUGUGUGUGUCUGUGUGAGUCUCUCUCUCUCUCUCUAAAAUUCAGCUCAAAUGCAUCCCAAAUAAACCCCAAAUUCCUUCUCUCUCUCCACCCCCCUCUCUCUCUCUCUCUAAAAAAACUUACUCAACGCAGCUCACCCCGCCACCGUAGCCAUAGCCGCAAAGCAGUUGAAGCUCGAGCGUUUCUCCCUCCCCUCUCUUCUCUACCCUUUCACUCCCAACACCAGCUUAACUCUUUAAUCGCCCGGUGGGUCUGAUGACUGAUUACCGUGCGCUACCGCCGACGAUGAAUCUCUGGACCGACGACAACGCCUCCAUGAUGGAGGCCUUCAUGACCUCCGAUCUCUCCUCCUUCUGGCCCCCUGCUCCUCCUCCUCCUCCUCCUCCUCCUGCUGUCCCUACUCCUCCCUUCCAGUCCUCCUCCUCCGCCACCUCAUCCGGCCCCCAGCCUCAGCCCCAGCCCCAGCCCUUCAACCAGGAGACCCUCCAGCAUCGCCUGCAAACCCUAAUCGAGGGCGCCCACGAGAGCUGGACCUACGCCAUCUUCUGGCAGUGCUCCUACGACUACGCCGGCCCCGCCCCCGUCCCCGUCCUCGGCUGGGGCGACGGCUACUACAAAGGCGAGGAGGACAAGUCCAAGUCCAAGCCCAAGCCCUCCAAGUCCCCCCUCACCCCUACCUCUGCCGCCGAGCAGGAGCACCGCAAGCGCGUCCUCCGCGAGCUCAACUCCCUCAUCGCCGGCCCCUCCGCCACCUCCGACGACGCCGUCGACGAGGAGGUCACCGACACCGAGUGGUUCUUCCUCGUCUCCAUGACCCAGUCCUUCGUCAACGGCGGAGGCCUCCCCGGUCAGGCCUUCUUCAACUCCAAUCCCAUCUGGCUUUCCGGCUCCGAUCGCAUGGCCAGCUCCAGCUGCGAGCGCGCUCGUCAGGGCCAGGUUUUCGGCCUCCAGACCAUGGUCUGUAUCCCCUUGGCUAAUGGGGUCGUCGAAUUGGGCUCCACCGAGCUCAUCUUCCAGAACUCAGAUCUGAUGAGCAAGGUCAGGGUUCUGUUCAAUUUCAAUAACGGCAGCCCCGAGACCGGCUCCUGGCCGCCCCUCAACAACAGCUCCGCCGCCAAUCAGGGCGAGAAUGACCCGGCCUCGAUUUGGAUCAACGAUCCCUCCACCAGCGCUAUCGAGAUUAAUAAGGAGAACAGCAGCUCGGUCCCUUUAGCUUCCUCGAACCCAGCUGGAAAUCACACUCUUUCCAAGAGCAUGGCUUUCGAGAACCACCCCAGCUCGAGCAGCUUAAGCGAGAACCCUGGCACCAUCCAUCGCGACAACCACAGGCGGGGUAGCCAACCGAUGCAGAGCCAGAGCUAUUUCACCCGGGAAUUGAACUUCUCUGAGUUCGGGCACGACGGCAGCAAUCCGAGAAAUGGGAAUUCGCACUUGAUGAAGCCGGAGACCGGAGAAAUUUUGAACUUUGGGGAGAGCCAGCGGAGCGCCUGCAACGGGAAUGGGGAUUUGUACUCCGGGAAUCCGCAGUUCCCUGCUGCAGAGGAUAAUAAUAAGAGGAAGAAGUCCCCCACUUCUCGCGGGAGCAAUGAGGAAGGGAUGCUUUCCUUCACCUCAGGCGUGGUCCUCCCCUCCUCGGGGAUGGUAAAGUCCAGCGGAGGUGCUGGGGACUCAGAUCAUUCAGACCUCGAGGCUUCGGUUGUAAAGGAAGCUGUCACUAGCAGGGUCGUGGAAACUGAGAAGAGGCCGAGGAAACGGGGCAGGAAGCCCGCGAAUGGAAGGGAGGAGCCGUUGAAUCAUGUGGAGGCUGAGAGGCAGAGGAGGGAGAAGCUGAAUCAGAGAUUCUACGCCCUGCGGGCUGUGGUUCCAAAUGUGUCGAAGAUGGACAAAGCUUCUCUCCUGGGGGACGCUAUCUCGUACAUUAAGGAGCUCAACGUGAAGCUCCAGGAAGCGGACACCAACAGGGAGGAUUUGCAGAAGCAAUUGGAUGCAUUGAAGAAGGAGCUUUCGAGUAAAGACUCGCGAACCCUGCCUCCCCCUGGCGACAAAGAUAUCAGCUCGUCGAACAGCCUCGGGAGUAAGCUGAUAGAGUUGGAUGUUGACGUGAAGAUUAUCGGGUGGGACGUGAUGAUUAGGAUCCAAAGUAGUAAGAAGAACCACCCUGCAGCGAGGUUGAUGCAUGCUUUAAUGGAGCUAGACCUAGACGUUCACCACGCCAGUGUUUCGGUGGUUAAUGAUCUUAUGAUCCAGCAGGCUACGGUGAAGAUGGGCAGCAGGUUUUACACGCAGGAGCAGCUCAGGGUAGCCCUAUCUUCCAAGAUUGGAGAAGCCCGAUAAGAUAUUGAUGAUGGAGAGCUUAAUUCGCGGGCAUUAAUUAUUACUUAGUUAAUCACGAAGAGAGCUCGUCUCGUGAUGAAAUCACGAAGACGAAGCUUGGUUUCAUCAUGGGAAAGCUCGAGUGUCCUGGCAGCUAGCAGUAGCAAAGCUCUGUAUAGUAGUGUUCUCCUAUCUUAUUUUGUAGUUAAUCUUGUAGCUGUUAGAAUAAUAAUAAUAAUAAUUUUUUUUUCCGGGUCUUUGGGUAAAUUUAGAUGUCUUGGGAGUUUUAGUUAGUGAGGGCGAGGGUGCCGUUUCUUCUGGUCGGACGUAAGAACUAGACAAGUGAAACUAGCAAUUUUAGGUUCGGUUGUCAGUCUGUCCUCUCUAAUGUACAUAAAUAUCUCGAUAUUUGAUUGUGAUGAGAUGAUAAUGGAAGAUCUCUCUUCUUAUC